CGUUCUCGACAGUAUAAUUAUAGUCGGAUUCCCGAAAAGGUCUUUACAAACAGCAGGACAGGUGAAGAGCUUAGUCAGCAGUAGACAAUACUCAACAGUGCUAGAUCAAAACCGUGACGGUAAUCCUCGCAAUACGAUAUUCACGGAGCAGCAGUCUUUGGUCUGGGCUUGCAAGUUGCCAAGAGAAAAUGUUGAAUCUUCAAUAUUUUCGCAUUCCAAUGCUAUCAUAGCCUAGACAUAGGAGUCAGUCGGAGGGCAUCAGCAUCGUUAGUGCUGCAUAUUUUGAUUCAGCAGGCGGCUAGCUGAGAAGUCGGACUUAGCGAGCGUUGGUCGGGUUGUCGGUGGUGGACACGUGCACUGCCAGUAUGCUGGCAAGAUGGAUUUGGCUACUUUUUUCCCUAGUUGUUCUAAUCGCCUCGAUCGCCUUUGUUCGAGAAAACAUGGAUGCACUAUUAGGAGUAGAUGACGUAGCCUUGGACGAUGGCACGGAAGGGCAAUUGCCAGAUGAGGACGAAUCCACGACUCAAUCAGAGCCUGGAGAGCUGGAAGUGUCGGACGAGAGAAAGGCCGAGUUGCCAUGGUUAAUAUGGCAUGGUAUUAGCCCCAUUCUAGAAACUAAAGGAAGAGAAAUCACGUGUCAGCGGGGAUCUUGUAUUGUUGGGUCACAAACACCAAAACAGGCACCUAUGUAUCUGAAUGAUAACACGCGAGCAUUGCUCAUGUAUGGCAGUGGCAGCAAGCCUGAUGCCGCCCCUCUGCCCAGGUUGAAGCAUCACAUGUGGGCACUGCUCCACGAGGAAUCGCCCAAGAACAAUGCUAUGUACUCGCACGACGCUGGCAUCAGUUUGUUCAACUUCACGUCCACGUUCAAACAAGAAUCCAACAUGCCGCUGACUCUGCAGUACCUGCCCAAUCUGCAGUAUCUGCUUGCGCAGCCUGUUCCGUUAGAGGAGAAAAAUCAGUACCGUCAACAAGAGAAUGGAUUGGCCUCAGUUGCCUAUGUCCAGUCCACCUGCAACAACCCAGCAUAUAGAGAUGCGUACGUGAGGAGGUUGAUGGAGCAUAUCCAAGUGGACUCGUUGGGCAAAUGUUUGAACAACCGCCAGCUACCUGAGGAACUACGGAACGCGUCCGAAAUGUUCAAGGACAGUUUCUAUAGCGUUCUCGGGAGGUACAAGUUUAUUAUUGCAUUUGAAAAUGGCAUCUGCGACGACUACAUCACGGAGAAACUGUGGCGGCCGCUCCAUUUAGGAACCGUGCCCAUCUACCGUGGUGCACCCAAUGUGAACGAGUGGCUUCCAACGCCUAGAUCUGCGCUGGUCUAUGACGAGUUUGAGAACCCUGCAGCACUGGCAGACUACAUCAAAUACCUGGAUAGCAAUGACACAGCCUACAUGGAGUACUUGGAGUACAAGAAAGGUCCGGAGCACAUCACCAAUGAAAAACUCAAGUCCCGUCUAGAAGACCGGCCGUACUCGGCUGGUAACUUUCAGGAGAAUGAAACUUUGUUCUUGGAACUGUCUUCACAGAAGCAGGAUUUCGUCACUGUAUUCGAAUGCAAAGUUUGCGAUCGGGUGGUUGAGCGAAUGGAGUUGGAGAGGAAGCAUUCGGAGGAAGGCCUCCCUCCACCGAAUCCAUGGAUUGCCGAUUCCUCGCAUUAUGGUUGCCCGGAACCAGAGGAAUGGCAGGAUGAGUUUGCAGUAGGAAUGGAUGAUCCACUUGACUGGAAAUUAGACUAUGAACAAGGCAAGCGUAAUGCUGCUGCACUUACUCGGAUGAUCCUAGCGAAUGAGUCGGAUGCCUCGAAGUUGUAUUCCGACACCUAUUAUUAGACAGUAUUAUGCAGGAUAGAAUGGAACAGUGCAGUGUGCUAAAGACAUACGAAUCAUUGUGUUUGCAGUAGAUUAUGAUACUUUGUCUGAAGAGAAUAUCCGUAUAGUCUAUAUGCUGACUACCUCUUUAGCAGGGGAGUUGUCAACUACCCCGUGUGUAUAUUGAUCACUGUACCUAGGUGGGUGGAUAUGCAGGCAAUGCAUGGCACUAACAUACAGUCAGACCUUGCUUAUCCGGUCCUCUUUUAUCCGGAUCCCUCGCCGUCCGGAAGAAAAUCGUUGGUUACCGAUUUACAGCAUAUGUCAUGCGUACAUACGGUAUGUGUGUUCGAUUAUCCGGUUCACUCGCCUAUCCAGAUACUAUUUUGUGGAAAAUGGAUGUGUGCGGCUAAGUGAGGUCUGACCGUAGUUUUAUUACGAGAAACCAUGAAACUCGAGAACAGAAUACGGUAGGAUAGAGGUGGCUAGUCUUCAUAUUAUACUACCGGUAUUAUCAGUACUAGCAAGUCUAGCAUGACACAAAAUAUAAUUAUCGAGAUAUGAUAUUAUUUUCUGUUAGGAUCAUAAGCACAUUCAUAGCAAUAUCUUCAUUAACUUUUGUUAGAACCAUGUUGACAGAUGCUUGUCCUUGUAAGUUUUUCCGGGUGGGGUGUUCCUGGCUUCGUAUAAUUAUUUUCUUUUAUUAUAAAUACCUCCAGGCCUGAGGGCAGUACUAUAUUGGCUCAAUCUGCUUCUUCUGGUAUGGCUUGAUGUUAUGGUAUGGCUUGAUGACAACCAGCACAUCUGCUGCAUUCAACUCUUGGCUAUUGCGUUUUCACCGCAUAGUGCUCAGUUUCUUCAAUCCUCCUCUGCACUGUCCUUGGCUAUUCCUUCACACAUUGCUGAUGAUGCCCCCGCCGACCUAUUCCUGGGUUGUAUUAUAA